AGUCUGUCCACACCUCUUACAGAACCGUUUAAAAGCACUGCAGGAAAAACCCACUAACACCAGAUCUACAGUCGAGCAACUGUCUUCUGCAACACGCUGUCAAGGACGACCUGCAUUUACUGAGGUUUCUCUGUGUCAAAAUGACUCAACCAGCAAUAACAAAGCUUGAUGUAUCCAUAUGUAAGGAGGAUGAAGACAGGCUGAAAGAUCAAGGCUAUCAGAUUGUUAAUGUUGAUCUCAAUGAAGGUACCAAAGCAGGUCAUAACCGUGUCUUUCUUUGGUACAGAAAAGAGUCUGGCGCAAAACCUGUGACCAGAAUCCAGUUUUCAUUUAAUAGUGAGAUGAAAACCGGUCUGGCUGCAGCCAAGUAUGAAGUAAUCAACAAGGAUCUGAAUUAUGGAGUUCCUGGAGAUCACAUUUUCCUUUGGUACUUCUGUGGUAACACUACCAGUGGGUAUGAUUUACCCAUUUUGAGCCUAGAAGUGACCAAAGAUGCAAGUGAAGAACCAGGGCUUCUGAAAGAUGGUUGGGAGAGAGUGGGCUGUAAUCUGAAUCGUAAUGCAGAAGGUAAUUUUAUCUACCUCUGGGUGAAAAGAGAAAGGGAAAGCUUCAUCUCUGAAAUCACAGCAACUGUUGACUACUUUGCUGACAAAACAUUUUUUGAGGCGGGAUACACUCGUGUGGAUGAAAACACCAACCGUGACACCACUGGAAACCCUGUUUUCCUCUGGUAUCGGCGCACAUUCUAUACGAACAUAGGUUUUACGGUUCUUGAUGUGUCUACCAACCCCUUGGAAGAGUCUAAUUUUCUGGCUAAAAACUUCAAAAAGAUUGGUGGGAAUCUUAAUACAGGAGCGGGUGGAAACAAUGUGUAUUUGUGGACCCUGAAUGAUCAGUGUACACCACAGAAGAUUAAAGCCAUUCAGAUUCUGACCAACGCUAAGGCUUGGGCGACAUAUCAGAACACUGGUGCCAUUAUUAUUGACAAAAAUUUGAAUGAAGGCACCACAGGUCGGAUUAUGUACUUAUCAUACAAGUGAAAAGAGCAAAAUACAUGCUGCCAUCAUGGUAUUAAUUUACCCUUAUACACAACCUGAUCUUUAAGGCAACAUAGCAACUAAAUAUAUUAGUGAUUAAACUUUACAAUCAAAUGAAUUAAACUGAAUAAUCUUAAAACAAUCUGUGAUUUAGAGAGCACUCUUUUCUACAUAUAUUAUGAUAAAUCUAACAUAUUCUGAUUUAUAAAACUUAAAUCUACUGUGACCGUGUUAAUACAGUAAGUUACAAUUAUUUGUAAUAGCAAUUUUAUGAUGAUUCAUUAUAAAAUAAAGUUAUGAAUUGAAUAA